CGGCGCGGGUAUAAAAGGCGGCGGCGGGGGGUGCUACGGGUAGUGCGAUGGGAGCGGGCGAAGCUGUGGUGGUGGCAGCGGGAAGAAGCCGCCGGACAGGCGAGGCGGCGCCGCGCUGAGUGGGUAGACCUGCUGCCGCUGCGCGCGGGGCUCGAAGAGGGAACCGCGCUGGCGAAACGCGGCCGCGACGGCGCCGCAGGAGGCCGGCGCCGCGGGUGACGCCGUGGGUGACGCGACGCCCCCCCGGGAACCGCGGGUGACGCUGCCUCGUGGACCCCACGCGGGUGACGCUGUGGGUGAUGAUGACGAUGACGAUGACGAUGACGACGACCACGUGUGCUGCCCCGCGAGCGUCGCCUCCUCGGAGCACGUGAGAGCCCCACGCGUGACACCGCUCAGCGUCCGCCGGUGGUGCCCUGUUGGGGACCGUGUGAGAUGUCCCCAUGGAGGACCAUCUGUGCCACCACGUGUGACACCCCACGGGGGACCAUCUGAUCCAUCCCAUGUGUGACACCCCAUGGGGACCCUCUGUGAUGUCCCCGCGGGGACCAUCUGUGCCAUCCUACGUGUGACACCCCACGGGGACCAGCUGUGCCACCACACGUGUGACACCCCACAUGUGACAGCCCAUGGAGGACCAUCUGUGCCACCACGUGUGUGACAGCCCACAUGUGACACCCCACGGGGACCAGCUGUGCCACCACACAUGACAACCCACGGAAGACCAUCUGUGCCACCCCACGUGUGACACCCCACAUGUGACAGCCCACAUGUGACACCCCAUGGGGACCACCUGUGACACCCCACGUGUGACACCCCACGGGGACUAUCUGUGCCAUCCCAUGGGUGACAUCCCACACGUGACCCACGGCUGUGACCCGCGUGGAGCAUCCUGCAUGCGUCACCCCGUUGGAUGCCACACGUGAUGGCCCAAACCACACGGGGGGGGGGAUGGCAUGUGGCCCCCCCAUGUGUGCCGGCCUCUGGGGACAGCGUGUGACACCCCCGGUGUGCUGCCCUCCGCCUGCCACCCCUUGGGGACGGCUCGUGGCUCUCCACGUGUGACACCCCGCGGGGGGGGCUGUGGGUCACCCCCCACCGCGUGCCACCCCCUCGGGGACGGUCGCUGCCUCCCCAGGGUGACGUCGCCUCUUCCUGACCCCAAGGGGAACCGAAAGUGCCACCGCGGCCACUUCCCUUCCAGCUCCUCCGGCCGCUGUGGGGGACACUCGGCCCCCCCGGUGCCGCCGGACCCGGCACCUCCUGCCCCACGGCCCCCAUGGCGGCCGCCCGCGUCCUGCUGGGCCUCGGCUGGUGGCUGGCGGUGCCGAGCGGGAUGCAGGAACGAGGGCGACGCGACCCACCGCUGGUACCAGGACGCGGUGGAGGACGUGGUCGAGCUCCCGGUGACGGCGUUGACGUGGGCCCACGCCGGGCGGUACCGGUGCCGCUACGAGAACCCAAAAAUCUCCUGGGCCUCGGAGCCGAGCGACGCCGUGGAGCUGGUGGUGCUGGAUCCCCAGUUCUCCCCCCCCGCGAUGUCCCUGAGGCCCGAGGGACCCGUGAGGACGGGCACCAACGUCACCAUCCGCUGCCAGUCCGGGGACGGGGCCACCUUCGUGCUGCACAAGGCCGGGCGCUCGGCCCCCCUCCGGCGCGGGGGGGACGACGGGCGGGGCAGGGCCACCUUCGUCCUCCCCGCGGUGACGCCGGCCGACGCCGGCACCUACGGGUGCUCCUACCGCCCGUGGGGGCACCCCUUCGUCUCCUCCCACCCCCGCGCCCGGGUGACGCUGGAGGUGGCACCCGGGGGGCUCGGCGCCACCCCCCGCCCGCUCCCCACCGCCUCAGCACCCCCAGGCGCCGAGGCGGAGCCCGGCUGGCGCUUGGCCGUGGUGGGGGGCUGCGCGGCCGCCCUCGUCCUCGUCCUCGUCCUCGUCCUCGUCCUCGUCUUCCUCGCCGCUGCCCGGUGCCGCGGGAGGCUGCGCGGAAAAGGUCCCACCGUGGCACCCAGCAGGGACCCCCCAGAGCUGCUCUACCAGGACAUGGCGGAUGCCCCCCCCCAAGACCUCAGGCCGCUGCAGCCCCUGCCCUGGGAGGACGCCGAGGGCCUGACGUACGCGGAGCUGCGCCCCCCCGCGCCGGGCGCCCCCCGGGACCCCCCCGGCGCCCCCCCCGCAGCGGCGGUCGUCUACGCCGAGGUGGGUGGCCGGGGGCCCCGCUGACGCCCCCCAGGACCCCCGGCUGCCCCCCAAGUGUCAAUAAAGGCCCAGCCCCACGCUG